GCUCUGUAGUCGUUAUUAUUGUUGUUGUUUUUAUUGUUGUUGUUCCUGUUAUUGUUACUAUUAACAUUUUGCUGUCAUACGCCGACGCAAUACGUUGCCCGCAAUUCCCGCUAACGGAUCUCCGGAAACGACGAGCAGGAGACACACAGGUCUCGUUGUUCAUGUAAUUGAAGGCGGCUCGGACGACUAAUAUCGACACGAUGAUGACGAGAGGAGCAAUAUGUCUGCUCCUGACAAUUUUGAUGUUAGGAGGUUCUUUGGGUAGCACAAGAUAUUUUGUGAAAAUGCGAACGAAUGCGUCCGACAUGUUCAAAACGAAAGCGGACAAUUUAAGGAUUCUUCAUGAUCCGAUAGCAAUCACACCGAAUCCUCUGUACGAUAACAUGGGAAACGGGCAUCAAACCGAUGAGAGAAUGACCAAAGAGAUAUCGAGCGAUCAGUAUAAUCGAAGAAAUUCCUUUGUCGAAUCUUCGACCUUCAAUCCGGAUGUGCUCAAUAAGUUCCUCGAGGAUUACGCGAAUAAAGUUAAGAGUACUACCGAGAGGAAUUUCAAAUAUCCUUUCAGAAUUGUAAAACCACCUGCGGAACCUCUUAUGCUUGAAAUCGAUAGCGAGAUUAUCGAGACGACGACCAUCCACGAACAGGACGAUAAAUUUGAUCAAAUCUCAAAUGCUACUUCAACGGAUGAUGCGUUAAGCGAGGCGUUAAAUGAUACCUUGAAGAGAAACAAAUACUACGGUACAAAUACUUAUGAAGAUAGAAAUGGCUGGGUGACAUUGGAAGCAAUUCCGUGGUCUAAGAGCAAAAUUUCAAAGUGGCAAGCUAAUCCCAGUACACAACGACCUUGGCCAGAGAUAAAACCAUGGGAUAAACCGAGCAUGAAACCAUGGGCCAGCGACUAUACCGUCAGACCCACUUAUGAAAACAACAAACCGUGGUACGACAAGCCAAAACCCAACUGGCCAGAGAGUAGCGAGAAACCGUGGCAGAAACCGAUUUCACGUCCCUCUUACUAUCCUGAUGACGCGUCUAAUCAAGCGCAGAAGUGGCCGCCAGAGAGACCGUUAUGGAACAAGUACGAUCCUCAUCGUCCCAGUAGCGAUAUCAUCACAGACGACAGACCGUCCAACUUUCCCAGUACUUGGUCCAGACCACAGAGCUCCUCAUAUCAAUUUAUCGAUAAAUAUUCGGAUCAAUCGGGGGAUGGAAGUAAUUGGCACAAUUACCCAUCCAAAUACGACCAGGACCGACCUCGGCCGACUUUAAUCACCGAAAGGCCGAAUUUCUCGCAUUAUCAGUACGUGAACAAUCAUCCACCGAAUCAUCCGGCGAGUGGCGACGGCCAGUGGAUUCUCUUGUCAACGAAUCGAGGAUAUUCCAAGUCGAGGCAGAGAUCAAUCAAGUUUGAUACAAUAAACUCAGCAGAGCCGUUUAAGAGAAUCAAUACGACAAGUCGCGGAAACGAGGAGGAAGAAGAAGAGCUUGUACCUGUGAUGACAUCGAAACGUCAGGUCAGAUUGACGGUAUUGCCAUCGAUCAACGGCACGAAUACGACGACGUCCCACGGAGGCCUUUUAGAAGUGGAGAAGACGUUCAAGAGCGUCGAGCAGAGCCGCAAAGAGUACGAGAUGGAGAAGCUGUCGACCACGCCGAACAUUCUGAACAAAAGACCAAUCAGACACACAACUCUGAGCACGAAACCAUCAAGUUCGGCCGUUUUAGCAGCCGUCGGAGCAGGUAUGCUGCCAGCGACAAUGGCGAUGAUGAUACCAAUGAUGCUGGGUCGUCGAAAGAGAGAUCUGAGACUGAUGAACAACGAUCUCGAAAUAGACUUGCAUAAGUUCGCGAGGGAGUAUAACGUUCAACUAAAGAGAUCAGUAGGACUAUAGGAAUUAAGAUAGCAGAAUUCGUUCGGAGAACUCAUUAGGAUGACGAAUAACAGA